AUGAGUGAAGUUGUAGUGUUAUAUGAUGGUUAUUCAACAAUGAGUGGUAAAGAUCAAAUGUCAGCAAAUUGCAGCUGUACUUUAAUAAUGGGGGCUGACAAUAUAAUUGUUGACACUAUGACUGCUUGGGAUUCAGAAAAAAUUCUGACUGCAUUGAAUACACAUAAAGUUAGUGCUGAAAAUAUUAAUUAUGUUAUAUCAACACAUGGCCAUUCUGACCACAUAGGGAAUAAUAAUCUUUUUAGAAUGGCUAAACACAUAGUAGGAUUUAGUAUUUCAUAUAAAGACCAAUAUUAUAUGCAUCCAUUUGAUAAAGGUCAAGAAUUUAAUAUAAAUGAACAUGUGAAAGUAAUACCAACUCCUGGACACACACUUUCUGAUGUAACAGUACUUGUUAAAACAAGAGAUACUGAAGUAGUUGCUAUUGCAGGUGAUUUAUUUGAAAAGUUUGAAGACAUAGAACAACCAAAUGUAUGGUCAGAAGCAGGGAGUGAAGACCCAGUUCAGCAAGUCAAAAACAGAUCUAAAGUAGCUAAUAUGGCUGACUGGAUAGUGCCUGGACAUGGUCCAAAAUUUAAAGUCACUAAUGAGAUACGAUUGACUCUUGAAAAACAAAAUAAAGGACACAUUCCUGACAAUAUCCCUAAUAAAUAA